AUGACGAGCGAUCGCCCACAUGAUGAGGCUUUCUUGGCAUCCAAACCGGCAGACUUCCAGCAUUUGAUUACAAUUGCUCAAUUAGGCCGUUUUUCGCCGCAUUAUUUAUACUCUUGGCUCAAUUCAAUCUUCACCGUCAAUGCAAUCAACAAUAUUCCACAAUGCAAAACAAUCGUCACAGUUUCCUGUGGACUUCUGGAGGUUGCAUCGGCAAAGCCAUGGCCCACAUACAGUCUGGAGAACAUGCCGCGGACGAGCUUCACGUGCCGUGACAAGAUCCUGGGCGGCUACUAUGCGGACGCCGAGACGCAGUGUCAGAUGUUUCACGUGCAAGAUUUCCGUUUUCUCUGUCCCAACGGCACGGCCUUUGACCAGGAGGCGCAGAUCUGUGCCGAUUGGGGUGAUGUGGACUGCGAGGCGGCCACCCUGUACUAUGGCAGCGACAAUUUCGACCUCUAUCGCAUCGGUUCGGGCUUCGAGAGCAAGCGAGCGCCAUUUGCCGAGGAGGAGGAGGCCACAUUCCACCUGCAGCGAGCUGAAACAGGCGAUGCUCGUCGUGGUAAGCAGGUGAUCGUGAAUCAGAGCAAAAAUUCACAGUCAUUUGGGCAGAACACCUUCAAUCGCCCCGUGGUAACCACAAAAGCCACAACGCAGCUCCCGCAGACGUCCAGCCAGCCGCCUCAGGUGAACCGGAAUGAGUUUUCGUACACUGGGAACUACUUCCCGGGUGUCUCAAGGGCGUCAGAGUACCGUCCGACGCCCCCAUCGACGACCACAACGACCGCAAAACCCCUUCCGGUGGCCCCGAACUUCCCCGACAACCAGCGAUUCGGCGGAAACGACGAGAUCUUCAGAGGAUCGCACAGUUCGAAUUUCUUCAACAAUCGCAACAACGGCAAGGAGGAUUACGAGAAUGACUUCAGCACUUCGGCGGCGACAAGCACAGUCAGGCCCAGGCAGGCGUCCGUGAGGAUCAGGCAGAGAGGCAGAAGCCGAUUCAGCUCAAGCCUGAACAACAUCAGCACGGCUCCUGACAAAGUCGCGUCCAGCACGGUGGCUUCGACGAAGCUAAUCUCGCCAACUGCCACAGCUGCGCCAUCUUCGCUUCCGCCAUAUUUGGGCUCCCAAGGAACGUUCUCUUUCACAUCUCGCGACGCCUUCAGGCCAACGCCUCCAAGAGCGUCUCCUCAACCUGCUGUCGUAACAUUCAGGCCACAACAGCAACAACCGCAGCAGAACUUCCAGGCCGUCUCGUCUACAGUUAAGCCUGUCCACCAGGAAAGCUCAACAUCGAGGGAAAUCUUCAAGAUUCCCUCAUCCACCCCGGCCUACACCACGUUGAAUCGUCAGCAGAACUUCAAAACCUCAGCCGAACCUCAGCACUCUCCCAGUCCCCUGAUCUCCUACUCACCCUACAGCCAAGACGUCGCCAAGAGCCGCCAAUCACCGGACUUCACCAGCAACUUCAGCGAGAAGAAAACAACACUCCAGCAAUCAUCCAACUUCCAGGCUCCAACUACGCAGAAACCAGUCCAGACUCCCGCGCAAAACGACGUAGUCAGCUUUAACUUCAACAACUUCCAAGGACAAAGCGCGAGAACGCAGCUUCAGCCGCAGCAACAGACCUUCCCGCAAGACAGCAGAUUCAAUCCGCACACCAAUUACGACCUCACGGCAGUGCAGCAGAGCAAAUUCACCUACAAUCCCUACCAGACGAAUAAAGUUAGUCCUCCGGCCACGAGCAGUCCCAUUCCCUCCUCAACCGCCACCAACUUCUACUCCACGGCAGCCCCAGUCCAGAGCUCCUCGCCCAGAGGCUUCACGGCUCUCAACAACUCCCCUAUUGUGACAACACCGAAGCCCUUGAUCAACUACGAUCGCUACCAGACUGUGAGUCGCAGCGGAGACAACUACACGCCGUCCACGGUGAAGAAGUUCUCGACGCUGGUGCCCAAGGAGUUGUACGAUCCGACGACGUUCAAGCCGACGACGUACAAGAAGCCCGUGGAUGCCUUCGCUGCCAUCAAGGCGAGUCAGGUGGAGCAAGCAAAGACCGCCAAUCCCAUCGCCUACAACAAAUUCUCAGCCGCAAGCUAUCUUCCCAGCACGAGCACACAGGCGCCAGGCCAGAAGGUCGAGAUCGACGAGGACGACGGACAGUAUCACCCGGAGCUGUACGAGAAGGACUUUCCCAGGCACAAGAUUGGGCACAAGAGGAAAUUCCAGAAGACGACGGGCGGAGGAUUCCAGUUCGGGACGAACUAUCAGCCCACGGCCGCCACUCUGCCGCCAGCCAACAGCGCCGAGGAUGAGUUUCUGAAGACGGCUCACUCGCAGAACAUCGCCGCCAGCGGGAACGAGCUGCGCGUGGAGAAGGAGAAGGCCCGCCUCCAGGCCACCACGAAGUCCGCCUCGAGGAGUUCGACCUUCUCCAAGGCGCCCACGAUACCACCCAACGCGACUUCCACGAAGCGACCGCCGCAAGCUGCCGCCGCGGCCAACGACAGGGACGCCAGCUACGACUACCAGUACUACGACACGUUCCCGGAAUCCUACCAGGAGUACGACAUCAUCGAGGACUUCGGCAAGACGAAGAGCAAGAAACACUGAGGCUCUCUGAAUUCCUGAAACUCCCAACACGCCAGUCAAAUUCCUCACUCCUCGCGGACACAUGGCAAAAUUCUGGACUUUGGUGCUUGGGCGACAUUGGAAGACAUAUUGGAUUUGAGAGCCGCGAGGAGGUCACUUGGGGGACAUUUGUUAAAAAUAUAGACAUUCAAUCCUUUUUGUCCAGCCAGAGAGAGGGCGAGAUCUAGUAAAGAAAUGAACGUUUUCAGCCAGUAUUUUGUACGCUAGCUUGUAAGUGAUAAAAAAAAUCUUCUUGCAUUAGAUUGUCGAGGUCCUGAAUUCGCGCGUGUAAAUAGUGUUAUUUGUUUUCUUUCGCAUGACCUUUCUUGUGAACAUCAUCGGAUGAGAAUGGAAAAUACUCUGUAUAUUUGUCCUUGAAAUGUACAUCGAAAUUUCAAUAAAUGUCAAUAAAUUAAAUAUGAAGAGAA